CAAAUUUGUAAAACUUUUUAUAUAUUUUUUUUGGAUGUUAAGAAUGUGAAAGUUUUCUUCUUUUUUUUUUUUUUUUAAAAUUUUUUUUUAAUAUCAUCAAACAUUGGGGAGGAAUUUUGAGAGAAGGGAAUAGACCAAAAUAAAAACAGUUAUGGAGGUCCUCUUUUUCUAUGGUGUUUUCUGAUUCAAAUUUCGGAAACCCUCCCAUUUCCCCAAAUUCAUUCACCAGAUUUGGAAGCUAUUGGUUUGGAUGAUUUCAUAUUCGUUAACUUUGCAUUGAUUUACGGUAAAUCGUCGGACAUGGAGUGUAACAAAGAUGAUGCAAUUAAGGCGAGAGAGAUCGCGGAGAGGAAGUUUAAUGCGAAAGACAUAAGUGGAGCGAAGAAAUUUGCGCUGAAGGCACACAACUUGUAUCCUGGGCUUGAGGGCAUUUCACAGAUGUUGACGACUCUGGACGUGUACGCUGCUGCAGAAAACCCGGUUUUGGGGGAGGCUGAUUUUUAUGGUGUACUUGGUGUUUCACCAAAAGCAGACAGUGAUACUAUUAGAAAACAAUACAGAAAGCUUGCUCUUAUGCUACAUCCUGACAAAAACAAGUCUAUUGGAGCUGAAGGGGCUUUUAAGCUUAUUUCGGAAUCUUGGAGCUUGUUAUCUGACAAGAACAGGAGAGCUGCUUAUGAUGCAAGAAGAAAUUCUAGUGGUUUUUCAAAGAUGGCUAAUUCCCCUUCAUCUGUGCAACCUGGUGCAAAUGGAUUUUACAACUUUGCCAAAGCUGCAAUGUCCAAUUCCAAAGUUGACAAGAAUACAUUCCGUGCAAAUGGCUCUUCUGUUUCUGGAUCAUCUUGUAAGGCGAAGAGGAAUACUUUCUGGACUGUCUGCCACAGUUGCAAGAUGCAGUAUGAGUAUCUUAAAAGUUAUCUCAAUCAUAACUUACUUUGCCCCAAUUGUAAUAAACCGUUUUUUGCCAUAGAGACUGCACCUCCUGGUUCAAACAGUUCUGCUAAACCAUGGGAUGGGGGUUUCAAGCAUUGGAAGAACUCUCAGCAGGAUGUGAGAAACCACAGUAUUCACAAUGCUGGUUAUAGCACUAGCAGCUUUCAGUGGGCUCCAUUCUCAGGAACAUCUGGUGUUUCGUCUGUUUCUCAAGCUGCAAAUGUGGUACAACAGACAUAUGAGAAGGUCAAAAGAGUGCGUGAGGAAGCACAAGCGGCCAGAAAACGGGAGAAGACCAUGAAAAGAAAAAAUUAUACUUCUGGGGAUACUAUUGGUUCUUUUGAGAAAAAAAGGAGAGCUAAUGCUGAUGCCUGCAUGAACACUAAUCAUAUGGCCGCUGGCGUUGCUGGAUUUGGCAUAUCGAGAACAAUUCCUCCCUCUAAGCACAGUGAUAGUGGGUCGAUAUAUGCAAGUAGAAUCAGCAAACUUAACAGUACAAGGGAGCUAUCACAAAGUGAAAUGCGCAGCAUACUGUUGCAUAAGGCUAGGAAAGAAAUUCUCACAAAAAUAAGUGAGUGGAAGUCAGCUAGUAUGGUGGAAAAUGCUGAUCGCAAGGAGAAAACUACUCAGAAAUCUUUUGACAAGUCCGAAAGGCCAGAAAAAGCUUCAAUAAAUGGCGAAUUGAGUGGGGAGUCUAAAAAGCCACCAGACUCUGGACUUGUAGUGGAGAAUACGUCCUUGGAAAGUGCCGUUCAAUCUAAGGAGAUCAUAGACCGAUUAUCAAUCCCUGUUCCUGACCCGGAUUUCUAUGAUUUUGACAAGGAUAGGACUGAAAAGGCCUUUGGAGAGAAUCAGGUAUGGGCUAUAUACGACAAUGAUGACGGUAUGCCUCGGUUUUAUGCUUUAGUUCAGUGUGUUAUCUCUCGGGAUCCUUUCCGGUUACGGAUCAGUUGGCUCAAUUCAAAAACAAAUACGGAACUUAGUCCUUUAAAUUGGGUUGGAUCUGGCUUCACAAAAACUUGUGGAGACUUUAGAAUAGGCCGACAUGAGACAUAUAAUGGUCUGAAUUGCUUCUCACAUAAAGUUAGGUGGACAAAAGAUGCAAAGGGAACUAUAGAAAUUUUUCCAAGGAAGGGGGAUGUUUGGGCACUGUAUAGGAAUUGGUCUCCAGACUGGAAUGAAUUUACUGCAGGCGAUUUGAUACACAAGUACGACAUGGUGGAAGUACUGCAAGAAUAUGAUGACGAGCUAGGAGUUGUAGUUGUACCUCUAGUGAAAGUCGCUGGCUUCAAGGCCGUCUUUCAUCAUCACUUGGACUGUAAACAAGUGAGAAGGAUACCUAAAGAGGAGAUUUUUAGGUUUUCUUAUCAGGUUCCUUCGCAUCUGAUUUCAGGUCAAGUAGCCCCAAACGCUCCUAAGGGUUGCCGGGAGCUAGACCCUGCAGCACUUCCACCUGAAUUUCUGCAAGUUAUAGCUGAUGCAAAGGAGGAGGAUAUUGCAGAAAACCAGACAACUAAGCAAGCGGAAACUAUAGAAGUUGAUGACAAAAGCCGACAAACACACUAAGUGAUGCAGAAACUGCGGAUCAAAUGCCUAGCAAUGCAGAUCCUUUGUAGAAGAAACCAAAGUAAAACGACUGAGACGUGGCAGUGAGCACUCGAUACAAUGCAAUUUCUCGACUUCUACUGAAAUUGAGCUUGAUUCCGGAAAAUUUGUUUGGGAUUAAUCCACAAGUUAUACGAGCUGCUAAAUACUAAGCGUCAUGCAGUAUAUUGCGGGCUGCUUUUCAAUUCUUGUGCUAGUGAGUGCAAAGAUGUGCUAUUGAGUAGAACAAGUUGAUUUGCCUAACUACAAGAAGCAAUGAUUCGGGUGUAAAACUCUCAAAAUCAAGCGACGUUUAUCUACCAUUUAAUUUUCUGUAUGUCGGGUCGUCUGUGAGACUACUUAUUUAUGUUCACAGGUUUCUGCUCAGUAACACAACUUAGCAACAGACGAAUAGGGGACUUCUUCCAUGUUGAAUACUAACAAGUCCGUAUAUAGUUUUUGGAAUAUUUGAGUUUAGUGAUAAUUCUGCUUGAUCAGUAAUAUCUGUUUGUUGACCUUGUGAAAUCUUUACAUAAAAAAGCUGUAAAACAUUAGGCUUUUUUUAAUAGUUGUGUUUUGGGGUUUUAACUGAAAUUGUAUUUUUGGACUUGUAAUUUUUUGUUUGUUGGAUCCAAAACAAAGUUAAUUUACAGCUAUUUUGCGCUCUUAAAUCUCCCCCUUAUUUUGAUACAUUUUCAUC